UGGUACUAUAUAAAUCCCAUGCUGGAAAGGAAGGAAGGCAUCCUCAGAACUACCAAACCUUCCUUCUUUCUUCUCCUGUGUCAGACUAUCUAUAUCUGUAUACACACAAUUAAAGCAUCCUCAUUACCAGUGCUUUCAUUUCCUAAGCCUGAGCCUGAGCAAAUAUAUUCGUUGGUGGUGGUCAAAUCACUGCGCGUAGCAGUUUGUUUGUGGGCAACAAAAUGGGAUCAAAGUCUCUGACAUUCAGGGUGACCAGACAAAAGCCUGAGCUGGUCCGUCCGGCGAAGUCCACUCCUCGGGAAUGCAAGGUCCUCUCUGACAUCGACGAUCAAGAGGGUCUUCGCUUUCAAAUCCCUGUCAUCCAGUUUUACCGCAGCGAUGAUGGCAGGAGAGACCCCGUGAAGGUGAUCAGGGAGGCCAUUGCCAAGGCUCUGGUGUUCUACUACCCCUUCGCGGGGCGUCUCAGAGAAUGCGCCGGGAGGAAGCUGGUGGUGGACUGCACGGGGGAGGGUGUCAUGUUCAUUGAAGCGGAUGCAGAGGUGACGCUGGAGCAGUUUGGGGAAGAACUUCAGCCUCCAUUCCCCUGCCUGGAGGAGCUCCUCUAUGAUGUUCCUGACUCUGCAGGAGUCCUUCACUGUCCUUUACUGCUUAUACAGGUACACAACCAAAACCAACUUUACUGUUGGUCCUUCUCAACUGAAGAUUAG